GCCUGGUGGGUAGGAGAAACCUUCUCGGCAGACAUUUGGAGAGUGUGCCCAAACAGCACCAACUGCACAGAACACAACGACCUGAGCAGUAGUGACAUGUUUACAGAUUACUCCAUCAUGCAGGCCGUGCAGGCCACCAUGAUCCUCUCUACCAUCCUCUGCUGCCUCUCCUUCCUCGUCUUUCUGCUUCAGCUCUUCCGCCUCAAGCAGGGAGAGAGGUUCACCCUGACCGCCAUCAUCCAGCUCAUGUCAUGA